CACACGCGCACACACACACACACACAGAGAGGGAGAGGGGCGCGCGCGCACAGAGCAUUGAGGUAGAGAGUGGAGUUAGCACUCCGGCUAACCGCGUCGCUUUUCUUUUGGGGCUUCUCUUAUCGUUUCCGUAACGAAAAUAAGGAAAGAAAAAGAAAGACACACGUCGUUUCCUCAGAGACGGUUGAUUUGUUUGAGGUUUGAUGCCACACAGGUGUAGGAACACCUUUUUAUUUCAAAGUUUGUUUUAUUUCUUUCUCCUCUCAGAAACCCCGCGAACGGAUGUGAAGGUGCCAAAGUGAAGCUGCUGUUCUUCUCUUUUUGUGUGGUUUUUCUUUUCCCUGCUUCCAUCCAUCAUCAGAUAUAAUACUUUUUAUUUUUUUCAGGGCUUUAUUAUAGAGGAGCUAGUGUCCCAGCUCUACUGAAGUGGAACGAAACAAAAAUAUAGAUUUUAAAUAUUUUUUAAAGAAUUUUAUUUAUUUUGUUUUUGGUUGAUGUUUUAUUUUUAGACAGUGAAAUGGAUGUGAGAUUUUAUCCUCCUCCUCCAUCAGCAACAGAUCCAUCUCGACUUGGACCAUCACAUUACUCAGACUCCUCAUACUGCAACAAGUACGACAGUGAAAGCAUGUUCAUGCCAGAGCCGAGCCAGGACUUUGUGCCAGUGAACCAGUUCCCGAGCCCCAAACACACGCCAGCUCAGUGGAAGAGAGAAACUCCUCAUCCAGAUGCUCAUCGUCUGCCACACUGGCAGUCCUACCCGGUUCCUGGUCUCAGCGAUGAGGACUUCAACAUCCCCCCCAUCACCCCUCCCUCUCUCACUCACUUGCCUGACGGCGAGUCCGGACCGUAUCACCCCCUCUGCCCCCCCGCUCCUCACACGCUGCACCCCUUUAGCAUGCAGGGAAUGGACCUGUCCAACAUGUCCGCCCCCGGCGUGACGGGACAGGACGGGAACCUUCUUGGCAACUCCUCUCUCUCAGUGAUGCAGCAGAUGGUGAACUCGGACUCGCGGUACGGCGGCCGCCCUCACGGCGAUGCUUUUAGACACAGAACACCGUCAGGAAUGGCUCCUCAGGGUCAGCUGACCUCCGUCAGCCAAUCACAGCUCGGCGCUCAGCUGGCAUUGAGCGGGAACGUCGGGAGUAACGGGAACGCCGGCGGCGCUCACGGCUCACCAUCUCCUCCCGAGAGCAAGUCAGCCACACCCUCUCCUUCCAGCUCUGUCCAUGAGGACGACACCGAGGAGGCUCUCAAGAGUGGAGCAGAGAAAAGAGCAGCUACAGAUGUGGCCAAGAAACCCAAAACUCCCAAGAAGAAGAAGAAGAAAGACCCGAACGAGCCUCAGAAACCUGUCUCGGCGUACGCUCUGUUCUUCAGAGACACGCAGGCCGCCAUCAAGGGCCAGAACCCCAACGCCACCUUCGGAGAAGUGUCCAAGAUUGUGGCCUCCAUGUGGGACGGCCUGGGGGAGGAGCAGAAACAGGUGUAUAAGAAGAAGACGGAGACGGCGAAGAAGGAGUACCUGAAACAACUGGCUGCUUACAGAGCCACGCUCGUCUCACAGAGUUACAGCGAGCCGGGAGAGGUGAAGGUGUCCCAGCCGUCUCAGAUGCUUGGUCCCAAGCCACCGUCGUUCCAGUCACAUCCAGGGCUCUACAUGGCUCCUCCGUACCCCCAGCAGCCUCAUCUGCCCCCCAUGCAGCCUGGACUGGGGCGGGGCGGCGUCUCUAGGCCCGGCGCCAACCUCAGCAUGGGCAACAUGGCGGCUACGACGCCCCCUCCUCUUCAGAUCAGCCCCCCGCUACACCAGCACAUCGGCCUGCAGCAGCAGAUGGGAAGCCACACCAUGCAACUGCACUCACCUUCUAUGGCCCAGGGUUUUCCUCUCCAGGCCGAGUAUCAGAGUUUGAUCAGCGUCUCUCCCUCCAUGGAUUAUCGUUCCGGCUGCAGGACCGGCCCGAAUCAGGGGCUCGACUGGACCACCGAGUACUGCACUAACGGUGCUCUGCAGAGAGAUAAAGCUCUGUAUCUGACCUGAUUGAGACCAGCCUGAAAACUCCUGCAGGAACCAAGAGGCAGUUCAUACUCCUCACAGUGACGGAUACACACCUCCUGUUCACUUACACACACACACACACACACACACACACACACACACACACACACACACCGUUCACAAACCCUUCACACACCUUACACACACGGAUCUGUAUAUGUGUGUGUGUAUACGUGCGAGUGUUGCUCUUUCCUCAUCACUCGCUCUGUAACAGAACCAUCUCGUUCUGGGUUCUUUUGGGGACGAUUAGGAUGUAAAUUGUAGGAUAAAGUGUCGCUUUAAUUCCAGUCAAAGGGCUUCAAUUAACAGCCCUCGUUAACGAAGUGACCCGAGUCAAACUGUGAGUCUGUCAGUCGUAAAGCACUUACUGCUCCGUCGCUAAAUUAAUGAAAUAAAUAAAUAAAUAAAUGAAUGAAUGAAUGAAUGAAACGCAUCUCAAAGACAGAAGGACACACAAGCCACCUAUUAUUAUUAUUAUUAUAAUUAUUAGUUAAUAGUUUAAAUCGAAUAAAACAAUCAACAAUAAAAGCACAGACUCGAACCCGAGACCUGAGGAUCAUCUGAACCUUUAUUACACUGAGAGUGUGUGAAUUAAAGGCUGCAUGUCUAACUAAUGAAAAGACGUUUGAACGGUCUGAAAUCUAUUAGUUUAUACAACUUUCAAAAGAUUUCUAGACUUUUCUUUUCCGUAAAGACUCUUUGUGACUAAAAAAGUUAUAUAAAUUGAAUUAAUAAUUAUAUAAAAGUUAAUAAAAAAAACAAUGUUAACAUUUAUAACAAUAAAAAUAAUGAUUGUUUUACGUAGCAAACAAAAUAUCCACAGCAGAGAUUCGAGCAGGAUCAUCAAGGACAAAGGAUAAUCUCAAGACGAGUCAGAUUAAACACAAAGCAUCGGGUUCGAGGAGCGUAAUGACGACAUGCAUGAGCAGCACGGUGUUCAUGAUCUGCUUCAGUAUAUGACAACCAGGAUGUGCUUCAGCCAUAGAGGGCGCUCUAGAGCUCUGGUGCUGUAGCAUUUGUGUUAAGGUUACAGUAACGUUUCUAAUCGUAGCACGAAGCAGUUUAUUGAUUUUGAAUCGAUAGAUUCCUUAGAGUCUCCUCGUUUUAGACGAACAAGCUUCACUGUUUUACUUGCGUCACAUAAGGAAGUAAUUGUGCUCUAAUGAAUAUUUAUAAUAAUAAUAAAAAUAAUAAUAAUGGCUUAUGUGAAUGUACUUGGAAAGGAAAACCAAAACUGAUGAAGUGUUUUAUUAUUAUAUGAAAUAAUACGUGAGAGAAUAUGUGAAUCUCUCUCUCUCUCUCUCUCUCUCUCUCUCUCUCUCUGUAAAGCUUGUUUAGUCCCUGCCUUUAGAUCCCGAGCUCUGUUGUGAUUAUAGAGUGAUUUUUAGUUCACAGCUCCUGGCCGUGAACUGUGUAGUGGCUUCUUUUAGCCCUGAUCUCCAUUCAUGCUGUAAAUAGAAUCUGUGUGAUUAUUUACUCCUGGAGUUUAAACACUCCCCCUCCUCUUCCUCCUCCUUCUCCUCCUCAUCAUCAUCGUCAUUUAGUUCCAGAAACCAUGUAAAAGCAAAAAAUAUAUAGGAAAGUCCAGAGAUACUGAGCAUCAUAUUGUAUUUAUUUCUUCAAGGUUUAACAUAGAACUCUUACUUCUUUUUUUUAAAAAAAAAGGGAACAACAUUUUUUACAAUCUAAAUAACCCCGGAGGAGCCGCUGUUUCUGCUAGUCAUUUUCAACAAAGGAGGCGUUCUGGAGGUAAAAAUAGAAACCUUCAGAAACUUUGUGGUUUAAUCUAGAACUUUAGAUCUCAGGACAUUACAGACAAGGAACCACACACCAUGGACGUGCUCCACACGUUAAUAUACAGUAUAAUUGAAGGAAUUAAAGCUCACUUAAUUUGUCCCUCUCUGAUUGCUCACUCUAUUGUUUUGUUGUUUGUAACUGAACAAGUUUUAUUUCUCACAUCCAUCAUACGAAGUGUUGUCGUAGUUACGUUUCAGUCAAUUAAAAAAAACAACACUUUUUUACUUUAUAGUCAUAUAGAAAAAUAUUCUAACCUUCAUUGUUACUUAUGAUUGUUGGCGUGGUUACGUACAACUUAUUCUAAUAACUCAAUUUGUUUAUACCAAUUAAAAAUCAGGUGGAUAUAAUUGACAAGAACUGUUGCUAGGCAACUGCAGAAUAUGGAUGCUAAGCAUAAAAAGGCUAACACAGAAGCUAAUGAUUAAAGCAGGUAGCUCUUGGGUUGUUUAUUUACGAUAAAAAGAUUAAAAGCGAGCAGAAAAGAGACGGAAGCUUCCAGAACAUCUGCAUUGCCCCUCAGGUGUUUUUUCGGGGUGUUUCUAAUUAAAGAUUUAAAGACAGACAAUUACGUUACAUACAUUAAGAGAAGACUUCCUGGCCAAAAAAUUGUUCUAGAAAAAAACAAUGUUACUCAGUGUCUCUGGACUUUUUUUUUUUUAUUAUUAUUAUUUUAUUUUAAGUAUUGUUAAGGUGUUAUUUUAUUGCCAUAAUUUUUCUGGAUUUUUUCCCCCCAAUUUUAAUAACGACGUUGAUGUCAUCAGCUGGUAAAACAAAUGUUGCUAAAUAAAUGAAAGUUUAUUUUUUAUCAGCUGGAAUCGUUUUGUACGCCGUGGUUCUGCUGUACGGGUGUGAGCGUUCUUGGCGCCGGUGUUAACUGGAGGCAGCUUGGUGUUUAACCCUGGCAUAUGGCUGAUCAUCUCCUCUUCCUCUACACUGUGUCUUUAGCAGAACUCUCACUUCCACGCCUCUCACUUCGCUCCUAUUUAUGAGGGGAAAAAAAAGCUGUAGGUGUUUUUAAGUCAUUAUGUUAGAAUGGGUUUCUUUUGUUCAAUUUCUUUUGACAGAACUGAUCCACACAACAAUGUGAAUAAUUCUUUAUUUAGUUUUUAUUGUGUUUGAAGAAUAAAAGCAAAUCUGCAUAUUUUGUGCAGCGGUCGA